AAAAAUGAUUUAAUUUUAUUCCAUUAAAAAUGGGCGGCACCUUUUCACAAGACAGAGCUCCGCGGUCGCCAUCGGGUGCUGCUGGCAUAGGUACUCGGAACUUUGGUGUGGCAGGUCAUUUGAGUGGUCAGCCAAGAAGAGAUAACGGAGACGCGAAUGAGGCUAGGAAUCUCUCUAGAAAAAGACGGAGGCCACGAAGGGUUGUGAUUCCAGUCGAUGGUGACACAACUAGUGAUGAGGGAGACAGUGAAAGUGUUGACUUCUCAAGCACAGAAGAUGAGUCAUCGUCAUCAGCAGCUGCAGUGGCAUCAUCAUCGCCCUCAGCCAGAGCACCUCACACGAAGAGGCUGAAGUUGGAUUCCACUGCACAGUACAUAUACGACAAGCUGUUCAUUCAGGGAGAGGGCAGUGAUGUGACUAUUCGUUGUCUGGGAAGAGAGUGGAAACUACAUAAACUGUAUCUCUCUCAGUCCAACUACUUCGAAUGCAUGUUUGGCGGAAGGUGGCUCGAGUCAGACUUAAACACAAUCAACAUUGACAUCCCAGACAGUUUCGUGACUGAGUCUGCACUGAAUAUUGCCUUCGGCUCCCUCUACUGUGGUGAAGUGAAUAUCCCAACCGGAGAAGUUGUGGCGGUUCUGUCUGCAGCUUCCCUCUUUCAACUGGAUGGCAUGGUAGAACUAUGCAUUAAAAUCAUGCACCAGAAUAUCAACUUAUCAACAGUGGGUCUCUACUAUAACGCGGCCCAAUUGUAUGGACAUCCAAAACUGGCCCGCAAGUGUGCCAAGUGGCUCCAGAGAGUCCUUAUGUUCACCCAGAGUCUGGACCUCUUGCAGAGUAUCUCGAUUGACCUCAUGGUGACCAUUAUCCAGUCGACGAGCAACUUCUUUGUGAACCAAGUCGAGAUGGAUAUUUACACGCUGCUCAAGAAAUGGGUGUUCUUGAGGCUUAAUCCUAGCUGGUCUGGACAAAGGAGGGAGUUACUGGACGCAAAGGACACUUUCUUCCAGACUCAGUGCAGUGGCAGAGUGUCCUUUCUAGAGACAGACAUGGGAAUCCCCUUUGUACCGGCUUUCAAAGGGCUCAGAUUGCAGUAUAUAUCAGCUGACCGUGCAUCACUUCUCAAGGUUGAGCAAGAUAACAUUAUUCCUAAGCAGUGGCUGAGAGACAUUUGCUGGAUUCAGUGGAAAACAAUGCUGAAAUCCGAGAACGCAUCGGUGACUGGAAACGCAGCUAACACAAAUAACAGCCAGCCUGCAAGCAACAUAAACUCAACUGAAACAGCUCAGAACACAGCUUUAGUGUCGCAGCAAUUACUGAUUCAGUCCAGUAAUGCAGUCCUCGUACAAAACUCGUCGCCUACUCGGGGAUCAAAUUCAGGUGGUGACCAGCCUGGUUUGAACAGUGGUAGUAAUGCUAGAAGAUGCAAUCCGCCAACUGUGGCUCCUUCGGUGUUCAACAAGUACUCGAUGAGGUGUGGCAGAAUCCUGGACAUCCCGAACAACGACUACUGCUGGAGGUGGACGGGGUUCAACUACGGAGUAGAUUUGCUCAUGUUGUUCUCUAAUAACAAGUUGAUGAUCAAGAGGAAUGUGAACACACAUCCCACUACUCAGAGUCUCAGCAUGCAAGAGAAACGUGAAAUCAUGCUCCGUGUAAGCGCUCUGAGUUUCGACGAAAACUACAACGCAGUAUAUUUCAAAACGAGCGGAAUUGUGUGCAAAGAAUUGGGGAAAGACGAGGAGCUUCUAAUUAUGGAUAUCGACCGUUAUGCUAUCUGUCCCAUCUAUCUAUCCUUCAAUGUGUUAACUACAGUACCUGAUGUAGCAUUGUACCAGCAAAUAUGUCGACCUGUAACUAGUAAUAGUGGAAGUGUGAACAAUCCCCCAGCAGUGGUAGGCUCGGCCAAUGAAGAAAGUGCGAAUAAUGUGGAGACUGAUUUGAAUAGCUCGGUAGUUUCGCCAUCUAGUGCAUCGAAUAUACCGGAAAUUGAAUCGAGUGGACCAUGAAACUCUGAAAACAUGCUGUAUCGCUGGUCAGAUUAGAGUUCAUGAAAACAAAAAUUAAAUUUUACGGAAUAGUUUUUUACAGAACAAAACUUAAAUUUUACAGAAUAAUUUUUUACAGAACAAAACUUAAGUUUUACAGAAUAUUUUUUUGAAAACAGGAAAUUAAAAACUGCCUGAUAGAAUGA